AAAAAAAAACCCGAAAAAUUCGAAAUUUCACAAAAGUACUAUGGCGGGAAUAUUACACAUUUACACUUGCCACAUCUCAAUCAAAAAAACCUAAACUACUUCAACUUCUCAUUUUUCAUCACUCUUCCCGCUCUUCCACCUUUCUCUCUCCUCCAUUUCCCCCCUUCUCUUUCUCUCUCUUCCAUGGAUCCUGCAAAUCCUUAAUCGUCAACUCAAUUCCUUCCUAAACCCUAACUUCUUCAACUUCCUCAUUCCAGAUCCUUCCUCAAACCGCCAUGAAAACUCAAUUCUCGAGCUCAAACUCAAGCUCAAGCUCAGACAUCGCAAUUUGCAGAAACUACAAUUACAUUGAGAAGGCAUGGCAUUUGGUUUCCAUUCUUCUAUUACUCGGUCGUCCGGCUUCUCCGGAGGAACUUUCUGGAAGAUGCUCGUUGUUCCGAACUACGCCGGAGUUCGUCCAUUAUCUAUGCUCAAUCCCUAAUUCGCCGCUUAAUUUGAUUUCGAGGAACUUCGUUGGGCUGAAGAUGUCGGUUUUUAUUGCUUUUGGUGAGUUCUUCGCUCGUUCGAUGCCGAAGAUUGAGCUCCGAGUGUUUGGAGGAGAGAGAUUAUUCCGCGGUCGCAGUGAUGUGGCGAGAAUGUAUUUCAGGAAGAGGAAGAAGUCAGAGAAUGAAAUUAUGCCGAUUAUGAAAAAAAGAGCGGUUUUGAGAUCUAUUGAUGAAAAUGUGAUGGAAAUGGCAUGUUCGAGUUCAAAUCAGAAGUUAGUAACCGCUUGUUGUGAGGGAAUUGAUUUACCAAGAUAUCAUCCUAGUGUAUCCUUUAAUGCACCAUCAAUUAUCAGAUUUCCCAAAGAAGCUAAUUCUGUAAUCAUCCCUGACAUGGUUGCUACCACAUCUAUGAUGAAAUCCAGUAUUAAACUGUUGGAAUAUCAGUUAAAUAUUGAUGAUCAGGAAAGUGGAAAAGGGCUAAAUACAUAUGCGGUUAAUGACAUGGAUACAUGUGUAGCAAUGGAGAAGGAUAGUCACUAUACCAACGAGCCUAAUCAGCAUGAUAAAAACUCAUUGGUGAAGCCUAUGCCUGCCAUAAAUACUGCUUAUGACUUCAGUCACAGUAAGAAAUGUGAAACAAAAAUGCUGGACUUGAAUGAGGAGCCAUUGAUGGAUGAUAAUAGUCCUGAAGAAAAGGUUGAAAAUAUUAUGCUUGGCUCCUGCACUGAGGUUUUUUCUUCUGUGGACAAAUUACGAGAGCUAGAUAUGGAAAUUGUUGAUUUUAAAGAGGAGGUGGCAAAUAUCAAAUUAGCAAGUCUGCCUUUGGUUUCUGCUGGUCCACAAUCUAGUUCUCAUAAGUCACCCACAAAAUCUUUAAUGCUGAAAGAUGUUCCUCAGGUUGAGCUGACAGAGAAACUGCAAACUCCGUCCAAGUUAGUGCAACAUAAUAAAGUUGAUAUCAUCCAUAAAGAACAGAGAGGUCAAAAAGGUCAAAAUCAUCGGAUAAUAAUGGCCAUGAUGGACAAAUCCAAGCCUAUUGCUAGGAACAAUGCAUCCAUCCAAAAAAGAUGUGAUGACGUUCAUAAGUCUUCCAAGGAUCAACAAAAGUUAAAAUUUCCUGCGUUCAAGCCGUACACAGUAGAAGCAGAAGAAGGGUCAGGAGGUUAUGGGACUGUAUAUAGAGCAAGAAGAAAUAGCGAUGGAUCAGUAUUUGCAAUAAAAUGUCCUCAUGAAAAUGCUCAUAAACACCAUUUGAAGAAUGAGCUUAGGAUGCUUGAACGAUUUGGGGGAAAGAAUUAUGUGAUAAAAUAUGAAUGUUCCCUAAAGAGCGACAGUUCUGAUUGCUUUGUUCUUGAGCACGUUGAGCAUGACAGGCCUGAAGUUUUGAGAAAGGAGAUAAAUAUAUUUCAGCUUCAGCUGUAUGGUUACUGCAUGUUCAAGGCACUUGUUAGUCUUCAUAAGCAGGGAGUGUUUCACAGAGACAUCAAGCCUGGAAACUUCCUGUUCUCACGCAAAACCCUGAAAGGGUAUCUGAUUGACUUCAAUCUUGCUAAGGAUUUGAAUCAGAAGCAUGGGAAUAUAGAGAAAUCACAACCUUGCAAUGUGGCAGAUAAUCAACAAUUUCCAUCAGCACAUUUUAAUUCUACUUCCCCCAACAAACGAAAAAAGAUUCUGGGCGGAAAAUCCUCUGAACUGUUCAAGGCAGGGGCAGAAAGUGGCGCUAAUCGUAGCCUGGAGACCAAGGCACUAAAGAAGAAGGAUUUGGGCAAGUUUAAGGGUUUUGAAGAUAUAGGUCGUUGCACUUCGCUCACAAGUCAAGGUGCAGAGGGGUCUGGCAUAACUUCUACAAGGGACAUGACAAGCACUCGAGCUCCUUCAGCAGAGAGACAGAGGAAACCCCAGCCCCUUUUUAGUAAAGGUCGCAAGGAGCUGAUCAGCCUAGCCCAGAAAGCAAUGCAAGGCCCAAAUCUUGGAGCAGCAAAAGCUCCAGCUUCUAAUCGUAAAAGGGUGGCUGCUUCACCUGGGAUCACAGAUAGAAAAUUCAUUCAUCCUACUCCAGCUCCAAUUCACUCAUCUGGCAUUGCAAUUCCGGGUGCUGGGUCACUGAAGAAUAGAGGAGAAGUUAAGCCUGUCAAAGAUGGCCCAUCAGCUGGAACAAAAGGGUUUCGUGCUCCGGAGGUCUUGCUUCGGUCUGCGCACCAAGGUCCUAAGGUUGAUGUUUGGUCAGCUGGUGUUACCUUACUUUACUUAAUAAGUGGAAGAAUGCCCUUCAACGGGGAUCUAGAGCAAAACAUGAAAGACAUUGUAAAUAUGAAGGGCAAUGAAGAGCUAUGGGAAGUGGCCAAGUUACACAACCGCGAAGCUUCUUUUCCAGCGGAACUUUUGGAUAUAAGAUACUUACAAUCAAUAACUAUUAAAGACUGGUUUAUGACAAACACGAAGAGACAGGACCUCCUUAAGGUUAUUCCUGAUUCUCUUUUUGAUCUACUUGACAAGUGCUUAACUGUGAAUCCGAGGUUGAGAAUCACAGCAGACGAAGCUCUUAAUCAUGAGUUCUUUGCGCCAGUUCAAGAUGCCUUGCUUAAAAGAAGAACAAUUAGACGGAGUCAAAAUGAGGAUUCUAACAGCAACUUGUUGCCUUUGUUAUGUGAGCCUGUAAGACAAGAGAAGUUAAAUGCUCCUGUAAAAGUUUGAAGAUUCUUGUUGUAAUGUUCGGUUGUAUAGUAAUCCAUUUCCCUAAAAAGUUAUAUGGCUGACUGAUUUAUCAUAGAAAGCGUACCUAUUGGAGAUAUCCAAAGCCAUAUUAGGGAAACCAUUUUUCUCAUACAUGCAGGAAUUUUUAUGUACGGAGUAACCUUAACAGGCUAGGAUUAUCGAAGGGAUGGAUUCAAUCUGCCAAGAAUGAGACUUGAUCACACAUUACCUCCUGAAACCGAGGGAUGCCCUAUCUAUUUGGCCAGCCCUGAUGCUCAAUAUAUGCAGAACUUGGAGCUUUGGAAGAAGCACAUUGGCGUCUCGUUUGGCAUAAGGGUAAUACACAAAGGAAUUAUGAUGAGAAGUGUGUUUUGGUUGGAAGUAUGUCAAGGUAAUGCAUCUUCAUCACCAUAUAAUUUGAAUGAAUAUUUCUCAUCAAUUUUCACCUCAAAUUAAUGGUUAAGUGGUAAUGAAAAUUAAUGGGGGAUAAAACUCUUCACAUUUGGUAAUGGAGAAUCAUUGCUUUAAUCUUUUACUCAGUGAAACUGUGAAACCAGCCAGUUAAAAUGUGCAGUUGUCACUUGUCAGGUUUAGCUAGUUAGUGUUUAUAUUCAGGGAUCUUACACAGUUCCACAAUAGAGAUGUUAUGAACACAGUUGAAUAUGACUAUUAGGAGUUGGAUACUGGCUGAAUCAGAACUUUAGUUUGUAAAUUUCUGUAUUGAAAUAUGAUAGUUUACGUUAGGUAUUUAGUUAUUGUAUAAUGAUGAAAGAUGCAGUCCAGAUUCUACAGCCUUCGUUGCAGUUGCUAAAUUACUAACACCAGGCUCUAUAGCAAUCGUUG